CAGGCCUGUUUCCCAGUUAUCGCAGCCUUCCUGGAAGGAGCCUGUAUCGCAGGAAUGCAGCCUGAAGAAGAAAAAAAAAAAAGAAAAAGAGAAGAGUUUUGUGACCCGCCGUUCCCUCAUCCCCCUACGACACAUGCACACAUUGAACCAGGGGCAGCGGCGGUGAACAAAGUUCCUGUGUAAUGGGUAAACACACAUCACAGGUCCGGCUAAGUUCAAUCACCCAGCCUGCAAUUAUGCCCACGCUGGAGCCACCGCAGACGCAGGGGAUCGACCAACUGAUAGAACUGCACACUUCAAUCGUCGUGUUUUUUAAUGAAUUUGGAGGGAUUUUGAAUAUUAAAACAACCCCCAGCCGACACCUUCUCCUUCUUUCACUCUGUACUUCUUCCCUGUGCCAUGUGUUUGCUUUCUGCCCUCUUGUGUUUUUCUCGCCCGCCUACUACAGCAAACUUCCUGUGAGUCACAAGCACUCCCUCCUGGGGAUCGAUGGCUUGCACUGACCAUUGGAAAUUUGCCCCCUGGACCCCAGGACGGCCUGCCAGCACACAACAACGCUCCACGCACACACCCACACACACACACACACACACACACACACACACACACACACACACACUGGUGUAGAAUCUCUCUCCUCUCCUCGUACCACCAUCCACACCUCAGGGUAGUUUGGAGUUCGCGGACCACCCAAGGGCCUUAGGACACUGCACCGCACGCCGCGAGGCUUGGGUGGGUGAAUGCACUGGAGGAUGGCCCUGCUCGGCAAAGCCAUGGCAGAUGGACUGCUGCUCACUUUGGGCCUCACUCUGCUGGCGUGUGGAGCCAGGGGGCAGGGGAACGGACGUGGUAUGAGAGAAGUAUCAGGCGGGGCCACCGUCUACCUCGGCCAGGACAGAGACAUCUGGAGGCCACUGAUCCACACAACAGUCAACCUCAGUGAGGUCAGCAGCAUCAAAUCGUCUUUUCAGGUGCGAACGUUCGACCCGGAAGGUACAAUAUUCUACGGCGACACCAAGGACGGAGAGGACUGGUUUGUUCUGUCCCUGAGAGACGGCGUCCCCCUGAUGCAGAUCAGCAAAGAUGGCAUGUUCGUCAGCGUGGCAGGCGGCCCCAAACUCGACGACGGGAAGUGGCACACGCUGGAGGUGAGCAGCCACGGGAAGUUUGUGAUCCUCAGGGUGGACGGCUCCAGUGGGCUGGAGGUGGGCAUGCAGUCCAAACGGACGGAGGAGGUCAUUUCGGGGGAACUCCGGUUGGCUCUCGGCGGCAUCCUGAUCGACAAGGACAACAUGAUUGUUGAGUUCCAGCCGCAGAUGGACGGCUGCGUGCGGGAAGGCAGCUGGCUCAGCCACAGCGUCCCCUGGGAGACGGAGGCCGACGAGCUCUGGCCCUGCUAUCCAAACAUCCAGCCCGGCAGCUACUUCCCUGGCGCUGGAUUCGCCAUUUUCAACACCUCAGUUUUCCCUGUUGACACAGACAACGGCGUCAAGAUUGAAUUGGCGGGAGAUUUCAGUCAGAUGGACGGGACCGUUUUCAGCUUCAAGGCUCCUGGGCAAGAGCUGACUGUCGCUUUAGUGGUCAACAACGACACAAAGGAAGUCACGCUCACUCUGGGUGAAGAAAAGAUCAGCAUGAGAAAAACUGUGAAGAGACUGGUGAUAACCUUUCAGACAGAGAUGCUGCAAGUGUUUCAAGAGGAGCCCAAGCUCACUGAAUUGAAAGCCAUUUCGUUGACGAACCCCGGUGUUUUGAGCACGUGGAGAGAGGGCCGCCUCGCCAUUGGAUCUCUCCUCGGCGAUGGUGAGGACAACGUUGGCUCCCACUUUUUGACAGGCUGCCUGAAGAAAAUCCAGGUCCAAGGGAAAGAUUUGGAUCUGGAUUCAGCCGCCAUGCGCAAGUCAGUCUCUUCUCACAGCUGCCCGGCAUAAACAGUGUGCAUAUAUAAUAUGUGGUGUGGUGCGUUUGCUGUAGAUGCCUUUUGGGUGCAAAUUUCUCUGUAUGUAAAGUGCAAAAUUGGAGAUUCAGACGCUGUGAUUAAACUCUAAUGAGAACUA